UUAUUAUCAACUAGAACGUUCACAAUGAGUCUCAUCGACACCAUUGGCGGUAUCGGCUCCGGCGGCGCUUCCGGCAUCGGAGCCGGCAUAUCAGGCAUCGGAUCCGGCAUAUCAGGAAUCGGAUCCGGAAUAGCGGGCGCCCUGCCCAAUCAGCUGACCGACCCGGUGGUGCAACAAGCUCUGAUGACGCUCACGACCGCUCUGAGCGUCUUCACUGACAGUCUUGGUGGUGUUGUGGUGGAUUGGCCGAAGAAUUCUGACUUGAAAGGUGGCGAAAACUUUGACUUCAUCGUAGUGGGUGGAGGGACGGCGGGCUGCGUGCUGGCACGCAGACUCACUGAGCUCUCUGAUUGGUCGGUGUUACUGGUGGAAGCUGGGGGGGAUCCACCGCUUAGUAGUCUUGUGCCAGCAGUCUUCAUGCUGAUGACAUACACGGACGUGGACUGGGCGUUCGUGGCAGAAGAUGACGGCUACUCCAGCCAGGCCCAGAAGGACCAGCACCUCAUCAUGACGCAGGGGAAGAUGCUGGGAGGCGGCUCGUCUAUGAGCUAUUUGACUUAUGGCAGAAGGAAAAAUGUCACAUGCAAUGACUUCGGUGUCCCUGGCUGGAGCUUCGACGACCUCUACCCGUACUACCUGAAGGUGGAAGACCUGCAGGUCCCCGACAUCAUCAACAGCUCUGACAACGUGCACCACAGCCAGAACGGACCCAUAGUCCUCACAACCCACGGACCAGCCACCGGCUUUACCGGCUCUGAAGAUGACAUGCUCACCGGCCUCAAUCAACUAGGAUACGAGAGACUUAAUGACGCUAACAACCCAAAUAAACUCGGCUAUGGUCCCGCGCAACUCACUGUCGAUACCGAAGGCUUUAGAUCCAGCACAGCUUCUAGCUACCUCCUCCCAAUUAAAGACAGGAAGAACUUUUACCUCCUCAAGAAUACUCUGGCCAGUAAAAUCGUUUUUAACGGGACCAGAGCCGUUGGAGUGGAAGUGAUUAGAGAGUCUGGCAAGACGCAGGUUUUCUACGCAAACAAGGAGGUGAUAUCUUCAGCUGGGUCUUACAAGUCCCCCCAGUUGCUAAUGCUCUCAGGGAUUGGGCCUAAGGAACAGUUGACCCAGUUUGGUCUAGAAGUUGUGUCAGAUUUACCAGUGGGCCUGAAUUUGAAAGAAGUCAAUGAUAUACCACUGUUCAUGACAGGCAAAGGCGGAGUUCUGAGCGCAACGCAAGUGGCUCAGGUAGCAUUAAACCUCAAUACGUUUCCUCUGCCACUUGUAAACGGAUGGAUUAGCCUCGAUAAUCAGUCCCAGUGUCCAGACAUAACUCAUCUUCCUCUGAUAUUCGGUGCAGCAUCCCCGUUCGCCGUUCUUGGGUUGAACUUGAACUUCAACUUGGAAGCCAGCUUUACCAACUCCAUCACCUUCGCCAACGCAUUACAAGACAUUGUCUUCUCGCAAAUACUUUUGAACAACCCCAAAUCUUCCGGAAACGUCACCCUUAGAAGUUUAGACCCUAAAGAUCCACCAAGAAUCUUUACGGGUAUAUUCAGUGUGGAAGAGGAUCUGACUCGAGCUACAGAAGCUCUCAAACUUGUAGCGAAGCUCAAAGACACUCCUAUUUACAAAGAGUCUGGCGCAAGGAUUGUCGAGCCGAAUUUGAGGCAAUGUGCCCAGUAUAAGUUUGGCUCUGACGAGUACUGGCGGUGUUACGCUUUGAGCACUGCAGCGACGCUGUACAGUCCUACUGGCACUUGCGGGAUGGGCACAGAGGGGUCAGGGUCGGUGGUGGACGACAGGUUACGCGUGCGCGAUGUGGAUGGCCUACGAGUGGUGGACGCGAGUGUCAUACCAGUGUCAGCGGGGGGAAAUGUCCUUGCUACUACGAUGGCGCUAGCGGAGAAAGCGGCUGAUAUUAUCAAAGCUGACUAUCUUCAAGAUAUUUCUGUAUAA